CCUACACCUCCGGCAUUCUCGCAGAUGAUGCCGCCAGCAACGGCUUCAGGGGCUGGGCCUGUUGAUCCUACCCUUCAGGCCAUGAUGCAAGCCCUGGCCGGGAUGGGUGGUGGCGGCGAUGGUGAGGCGAGUGCCUCUGGUCCGGCUAUGAUGCAGGCUCUGGCGGCGAUGAGCGGCGGUGAUGGCGAUGUGGCAAGUGCUGCUCCUGCUAUGAUGCAGGCCUUGGCUGGGAUGGCUAGUGGACAGGGGGGAAGUGGUGCUCCUUCCGUAUCUGGGGCUCCCGCUGCUGCGGGCGGUUCGGCCAUCGCGCCGCCGGACAUGCUCGUCCGGGUCCUGAUGGCGGUCAUGCUUCUGACUUACGCCUUACCGCUCGAUGCGUUCCGGCUCCCGUUCCUCCUCCCGCCGCUUGCCAUGUACUGGCUCAUCUACGCGCUCUGCUUUGCGCUUUCGGCACGAACCUUCCUAACCGGACGAAGUCUGGUCAUGGGCCUCUUCCCCAUCGCCAAGGCUGCCUACGCCUGGCUCUGGCUCGCCGCCGGCGACUACUGCCUCGUUGUCGCUGUUGCUGUUAUCCUUAAUACCUUUGUAUUCCCUCGCUCGGCGCCCACCGCAGCCGCACAGCCGGGCGAAGUCGGUGUCGACAAUCUCUUUGACGACGACUGGUGAGUAGCGCUACAACUCGCUCUCGCCGUCUUUGUCCUUAAGCUUGACCGUUGAGUCAAGGACGAGGAGGAACUCGCCUGCCGCACGCAGCAGCUCCGGAUCGGUCUCAAAGUCCUUGAGCUCGGUCGUCAUCGUUGCGAUGAUGUGCGCGUGUCGGACCUCGGUCGUGGCAAACGCGUCGGUCCGCGCUCGCGCAAUGUGCUUCCAGUCACGGAAAAUGCCGACAAUGGCGGCCGCCACAAGGCCCGUCACCGCCACGCACAGCGCCACAAAGAGGCGCACCUCGCCGCCACCGCUUGCCGGCCUGGCCUCACUCCGCUGGAGGAACGACGCACCGCCGACCGUCAGCACCGCGAUGAUGCCAGCGUGGAGCCAGAGGUCGAUGUUGUUGUACAGCGGGUUGUAGUACGGCUGGAUGCGCGCGAGAAUCACCACGUUGCCCACGAGCACGCCCAGUAGCAGCCCAAUCUGUGUCAGCUGGUACUCGGAGACAAAGAGGAGGACCAAAACGAGGACAAGUCGCUUGAUCAAGUUUGCCACCUCGCCCCAGUAGUACGCCUUGCGGUAGAGCCGGUAGAGCGAUCCGAGUCGCGCCGUCGUCUCGGGCUCGAACAGAGUCGUCGACGACGCGUACAUCAUGCCGGCGAAAUAGGCCGGCAUGCCGAUGACAAAGAUAAUGACCAUGGCAGCGCCGAGCGGAAAGACACUCCACCACGAG